CGGCAACUUUUUUUUAUCCUCCAGAUUCCCAUGCCAUCUUUUCAGAAAGGGACAGUCGGUGGUCCCUUGUACAGACUUCAUGUACCAGCUAAGAGCUGACUGAAAAAUCAUCGGCCAUUCUCAGAUACGCGUGGUGAGUUAGGGGGACGCAGAUCACGACCGAAAUGGGCUCGAAACGCACGAAGGAGAGGAAGAGGGCCGACAAGCCAAGCCUCAACGAGACCACGCUCGCUCAGUUGACAAGCAAGAUCGACAAGUCUCUCGCGGAUUCGGAGAAGCAACGAGCCCCCAAACGGAAGAGGCAACGCGACAAUGACGAUGAGCACGAACCGAAGAGGCGGCAAACCCGACCUUCGGACCGCAGCUCACCAACGGAUUUCAAGGACAGGCCGAAGAACAAACAUGCCCCUAGACUGCUUGACGAGAUAUUGGCUCUUGGGGGCGACGAAGAUGAUCUGGAGCUAGUGGCUAAUGUGGACUCUGGCGACGAAGGCGGCAAUGCGCCCCGCCCCAAGCCUGAGCCCGAGACGGUUGUCGACAAGUCCUUGAGAGACGAGCUUAUGCAGUUCGCAUCCAGCCUCGGCUUCAGCAAUUUCCGCCAGGACGAAGACCCCGAGACUGACGAGGACACUGAUGCCGCCGAGUCUGUGGCGGAUGGGUCGAGCGACACCACACAGGAGAUUAGCGAGGCGCCGGAGGAGCAUACCCAGGUAACUCUACCGCCACAGGAGGCCCGACAGGGGAAACAAUCUAGGAAGUUGAGAUUCGAGCCUCGUCCUGACUGGCACGGGCUCUCCGUGGAGGGCCUGCCUACACAGGCCUCGAGCAACGUCAAGCAUCAUUCCGCAUCCAUAGCAAACCUAAAGGCAUAUGCGGAAACCCUUUUGGAAGAUGAUUCCACCAAAUACCUCACCCUCCGAGCGUCCAGCUCAUCACAGAAGUUCAUGUCGACCAUCAUGUCGUCCGGAACCCUCUCAGACAAAGUCUCGGCGCUGACACUCUCGAUUCAAGAAUCGCCGCUCCACAAUCGCAAGGCGUUCGAGACAUUGAUCACCCUAGCCGGCAAAAGGAGUCGCGGACAGGCAAUCACGGCACUGGCGGCUCUUGUCGAUCUCUUGGGCAAUGGGACUGUCCUCCCAGGUGACCGCCGUCUCCGUCCUUUCAACGCCCAGCCUGCGUUGCUCGGGGCCUUAGAUACCCAGGGUCGUUCGCCCUGGGUGCCAGGGUAUCCGCUCCCCGGGAAGGUGACGGAGCCCCACCUGAUGAUGUGGGCGUAUGAAGACUGGCUCAAAGGCGCCUACUUCCGCAUCAUACAGCUGCUCGAAAACUGGUGCGCUGACGAGAUCGAGUACUCGAGAUCUCGAGCUCUCGACUUCGUGUUUGGACUGCUCAAGAGCAAACCGGAACAGGAAGCUAAUCUGCUGCGGCUGUUGGUUAACAAACUCGGCGAUCGAGAGCGGAAGAUUGCAUCGCGGGCCUCGUAUCUUCUUCUGCAACUACUCACAAUCCACCCAGGAAUGAAGGCGAUCGUCAUCGGCGCAGUGGAGCAAGAGGUGCUGCUGAAACCCGGGCAGAGUCUGCGUACCAAGUACUGCGCCAUCAAUACUUUGAAUCAAACAAUCCUGAGCAGCAAGGAGCCGGCCAUCGCGGAAACCCUUCUACGCAUUUACUUCGACGUCUUUUUGUACCUCCUGAAGACCGGUUCACUGGGCACUUUCGAGGCUCCCGACAGAGACAAGAGCCCGGCUCGCUCCGGGAAGAAGAAGAAGCCUGGCACGCCGACUGCUGGAAACGAACAGGAGACGGCCCAGAAGCUUGUCUCUUCCCUGCUUACGGGCGUCAACAGGGCGAUACCGUUUGCCAAUGCUGAGGACUCGACACUGGAGAGACACCUUGACACCCUGUUUAGGAUCACUCAUUCCUCCAACUUCAACACCAGCGUCCAGGCGUUGAUGCUCAUCCAACAGCUCGCUGCUUCCAAACAACUUGCUGUCGACCGAUUUUACAGAACUCUGUAUGAGUCGCUGCUGGAUCCCCGGCUCAUCUCGUCGUCCAAGCACGCGCUCUAUCUUAACCUCCUGUUCCGGGCUAUGAAGAAUGAUCCCGAUGUUCGUCGUGUCAAAGCGUUUGUCAAGAGGUUGAUUCAAGUGCUGAGCCUGCAUCAACCUUCAUUUGUAUGUGGCGUCCUGUUCAUGAUCGCCGAGCUGCACGCCACGUUUCCCGACCUGCACACCUUGCUGGAUGAACCCGAAGAAAACGACGAUGAUGGCGAAGAAGUAUACCGGGACGCCCGGGACGAUGAUCCUCAAGCAGACGGUGCCUCCCGGAGGACACCUGAGACUAGUGUUACCCGCCUUGCCGCCUACGACGGCCGAAAGCGAGACCCCGAGCACAGCAACGCGCAUCGAAGCUGCCUCUGGGAACUUGGGCCUUUUUUCUCACACUACCAUCCCUCCGCGUGCCUGUUCGCCAGGAACCUCCUUGCGCCGCAAAAGACAUUGCCCAAACCGGAUCUAGCGAACCACACCUUGAUGCACUUCCUCGACAAAUUCGUCUACCGCAAUCCCAAGGCUGAGGAGUCCAAGCGCGGUGGCUCGAUCAUGCAGCCAGUCCUUGCUUCUGGCAGUGCAUCGCACGUUGUGGCGUCUAGUAAAGCCGCCGUUAGACAGCAGCCGGUUGUCAACUCCUCCUCGUUUUGGAACCUCAAGCCCGACCAGGUUUCUGCCGAGGACGUGUUCUUCCACGAGUACUUUGCUCGCGUGGGUAAGCCUGGCCGAGCUGCACGCGCUGCCAAACAGACCGCCGAGGCUCAAGCGGGGUCGGAUGAGGAAGGGGCGGAAGAAGAAAUCUGGGAGGCUCUGGUCAACUCGCAGCCAGAAAUCGAGGGCGCUGAUGCCGAGGAAGACUCGGACGUGGACCUGGAAGACUACGAUUACUCGGAUAACGAGAUGCGGAUCGACGGCUCGGGCACUGGCGAAGAGAUGCCGGAUUUCGAAUCAGAUUCAGAGGGUUCAGAAGGCAGCACUGAUGGUUUCGAGGGUAUCUUUGAUGACUCCGACGACGAUGAUGAGGCCAGUACGAGCGAGAAUGAUGCUGUCGCCGAAGACGGAGAGAAGCCUUCCAAACAUGGCCGCAAGGGCAGGCUUAGUAGGAAGGAGCUGAAGAGCCUCCCUACGUUCGCAUCGGCUGAUGACUAUGCCGCCAUGUUGGCUACGGAGGACGAUUAGACACAUAGGAAGAAUACCUAAACUGCUUUCAAAAGCGCCUGCACUGCGUGGUUUUCUAGAGCUGGCACUAUGCCAAGGGGUCGCAAGCGGUCGCUAUGGC